UCCAAUCGCGCCAUUUCCUAGAGAAAGUAUGAGCCACUCCCGCCGGCUACCAGUAGUGUACUUGGUGGUGGUCUUUACCAUUUCCGCCGCCGCAACUCCUUGCCUAUCCGACGAAAUUGAGCGACGGCUCUCCAGCAGCGACGGCAAUCUCAUCCCAAUUCGUAGAGAGGUUUACGGCAAUGGCCGAAUCUUCGACAUCACUCACCGCUACUCCCCGGAGACGCCCUGCUGGGACUACAAGGAAACCGGGCUCGGCCAGUUCGUCUGGCUCAUCAUCACCAUGAAGAACGGCUCAAUCGCCAAUUUCUCCCAGUUUAAGCUCCCGAAUCAUGCCGGCACCCACGUCGACGCUCCUGGUCACAUGUUCGAUCACUACUUCGAUGCCGGUUUCGAUGUCGAUACGCUCGACUUGGGAGUGCUUAAUGGCCCUGCAUUGUUGGUGGACGUACCAAGAGACAAAAAUAUAACAGCUGAAGUUAUGAAGUCCUUGGAUAUUCCCAAAGGCACAAUUCGUGUGUUGUUCAGGACACUAAAUACCGACAGGAAGCUCAUGUUUAAAAAGGAAUAUGACACAAGCUAUACUGGAUUCCUAAAGGACGGGGCAAAAUGGUUGGUGGAUAAUACUGACAUCAAACUUGUUGGGAUUGAUUACUUGUCAGUUGCAGCCGAUGAUGAUCUGGUUCCAGCUCACCUUGAGUUUCUAGAAAGCAGAGAAAUCAUUCUGGUGGAAGGCCUAAAACUGGGCGACGUUGAGGUGGGACUAUACUCGGUUCAUUGCUUGCCCCUGAGGUUGCUCGGAGCGGAGGGAUCGCCCAUACGAUGCAUUCUGAUCAAAUAAAAACCAUCUAUUAAAUCCUAAUAGGUGGCCACAUAGUAUCAAGUAUUUAUAAACAUGUUUAUGGAAGUCUGAAAGGUUUCGUUAUCAAACAAAUUUGAUGGUGUGAUGCUCGAAUCGAUACCACAUCCGAAUGAAAUGGAUCCUGAGACCAUGGAAGAAUGUUUUAAGACUUAAAAGAAUGGAUAGUUACUACCUGUACUAACAAGGUGCACUCUUCUUUUCGGUAAUUCAAUCGUAAAAACUCCAAAAUUCAACGUGUUUGACUUGGAACCAUAUGAGGUUGGGUGACCCUCUAGUUGCUUUACUAUGAAACAUGAAGCACGUGAGUGAGGAUAAAGCAUGAUGAAGGGACAUCUAGAUUCCGAAUCUGGGCUUGGGACGUUACAGAUGUCCAAUAGCAUGGUGGAGGUAAAGAAAUAUCCUAGAUGCUAUCUAAUUCUUACCCGGCCAUAGAAAUAACUAAUUUUUAGAACUUGAGAAUAGAUACUGACUAAUAACAUCAAAAUAUUAGUUAAAUGGUCCUAAA